GUGUGUGUGUGUCAGUGUGUUUCGAGCACAACAAUUCAUCUGGCAAAGAUUUGUUUAGCGUACAUUACGACACAAUUUGUGUACCGCCGCCCAUACCCACCCGUCCACCCGUACCAGCAGCUGAUAGAACAUAUGGAUGAUUUUCAUUGCUUUCCUUCACCCCAUCUCGUAAGCGUACGUUAGAAUUGAUAACGAAUCCCUUUAAAAAUCGGAGCAAUUUAAAUUUCGGGCAUUAUCAAUCAAGUUCGUCCGACGAAAGACGCGCACAAAGCAGAAUCCCAGCGCGCUACUGUACGAGCAAUGCACAAAAUACGCAAUUGAACGAUCAUGUGCAUUUGAUUGUUUCGUGUGUUGAUCCGAUCACUCGUUAGGCUUCUGCUGCGAUGGCAUUACAUUAAUUGAAUUAAAGUAUGACCGGAACCAAGCAGCAAGUAAUGUGUUUAUGAUGGGAAUCGUUAGCGAGAACCAAUUGCGCCAAACCUGUCCGUACGUACGUAAGCUUUUUCUAAUCGACUACAACCGCAAUGGUCGUUAUCAAGGUAUCGCUGUGUGGGAGAGUGUCCCAUUUUCAAUGCAUUUUCCAUUUUGUGCAUCAGCAUAAUACGACGAACCAUUAGUGGCCGUCCCGACGGUGCUGGCGGUGGCCUGUUUUGCGUACGCAGCGGUGCUAGCAGCCUUUGACAGAACCGUUUACAAUUAAUCGCCCAUUCGACGCAGGAGACGUACGUGGAGGCCGCACGAGCCGUAAGCGCAAAGGAGAUAGGAAGCACAUUACACACGGUUCUCCUCUCCCGUUCUGUCUGAGAGCCCUUGCAUACGCGGGCGCCCUGUUUUGCCGUUCGACCGUUAGCAGAAUUCUCUUUCACUCUCGCGUUUCGCUCGAAGCUUGCUUGCUCUUGCUCUCGCGCACGCCUCUUCUCUCCCGCUCACGCAUCGAAGCGGGCUGUGAGUUUAGGUCGACUGUCCAUGCUGUCUUUUGGGUUCAAUUUGCUGUCAAACCGCUCACCGCACAGACGGGCCUCGCGCGUGCGUUCUAUUGCAAGAUUUAUUUUUCUAUCACCCGUAUUAUUUACCCACUCGCUGUUGGUUUUUUGGAGCCUGUUCGGUCCGUGUUGGAAACACUUCGGCAGAUAGUUUGUGCGUGAUAAAUUGGAACAGACAAGCAAUUGAAGAGAUAGCGGUGUGGUUGCCGGAUAGUUUGACUACUUGUCGCAAGUGGCCGUUAGGAGAGUUGAGCAAGGCUGCAAAAGAUAUAUAUUUUUAACCGUAUAUAUUUUAUAGUUUAUUUUUGGCUGUAAUAUGUCAGAACUCCUCUGACCGUGCGUUUCGUGUGAAAAGUGACUAAAUGUGAUUGUGCUUUAAACGGAAUAUAAUAAGUGGCAGUACAAAAAAUCCCGCCCAAAACGUGCAAGAAGAUUAUCCUCCACGAGUUCUUGUAGCAAUCGAGAACCUACUCACGUGAAAUCAUCUGCUCAGACGGCGCGUGUCUCUCGCACCCCGUGUAAGGUGGUGUGGUGAAAGCAGAUCACAGAUACACGCACGCCCGGUGUCGUUUGUUGAUUCAGUUUUGUCGCAGUCGUCAUCAUCACCGGUAGAACCCUAGACCGGAGCAACAGGCAUCAAGCAGACGGCCACACAGCGCUACUGCUGCUGCCGGUACAGUAAAAUCACGCGUAGGUGAAAAGUUGCGACUUUCCGCCGGUUUGCAAAUUCGGAGUGUGCUGCAUUGACCAUCGUGUGUGUGUGUGUGUGCGCGUGUGUAGGUGGUGGGUUUACUAAAUUGGCAAGCGACAGCGAUUUCCUCCCCGAGUCGUGCCCGACACAGCGUCGUCACCAUGUUCAGCCCCGAGUACGAGAAGCGGUACAUGCAGCUCCGCAGUCCCGCGGCCCGCAGUCUAUUCUCGGCAAGCGAAUCUUCCUCGGCGCACGAUCGCUUCAUUCCCUGCCGUGCCAACAACAACUGGACGACAAACUUUGCCACGAUCAGCACAAAGUCGAACGAAAAUUCGCCCCAAUCGACGAAGAAGCAGCGUGACUGUGGCGAGAAUGCACGGGACAGCCUGGCCUACAGCUGUCUGCUGAAGAACGAGCUGCUCGGCACGGGCAUAGAUGACGUGAAGCUGGUGGCAGACGACAAGAAUGGAAGCGGCGGCGGCGGUGGCGGAGGUGGCGGCGGUGGAGGCGGUGGCGGAGCUGGUGGCGGUGGUCUGCAUGCAAACAGCCAGCGGACCGGCCUGUUCAAAUAUCAGUCACCGACGAAACAGGACUACAACGAACAAUGCCCGUACUCGCUGUCGCCCGUCAGCAUCAAAAGCCAGAAGCUGCUCCGUUCGCCCCGGAAGGCGACGCGCAAAAUCUCCAAAAUCCCGUUCAAAGUGCUGGACGCGCCCGAACUGCAGGACGACUUCUAUCUCAACCUCGUCGACUGGUCCGCCCAGAAUGUGCUGGCCGUUGGGCUGGGCAGCUGCGUUUACCUCUGGAGUGCAUGCACCAGUCAGGUGACGCGACUGUGCGAUCUCAGCUCCGAUUCCAACACGAUCACGUCCGUCUCGUGGAGCGAACGGGGCCAUCAGCUAGCGGUAGGAACGCAGCACGGAUACGUCACCGUUUGGGAUGUAGCCGCUAGCAAACAGGUGAACAAACUGCAAGGCCACUCGGCACGCGUCGGGGCCCUCGCCUGGAACGGGGACGUCCUAUCGAGCGGGUCUCGGGACCGUCUGAUCAUGCAGCGGGACACGCGCACCCCGUCGCAGGUCCCCGAGCGAAGGCUGGCCGGCCACCGGCAGGAGGUGUGCGGGUUGAAAUGGUCCCCCGACAACCAGUACCUGGCAAGCGGGGGCAACGACAACCGGCUGUACGUGUGGAACCAGCACUCCUCCACGCCGGUCCACUCGUACUCGGAGCAUAUGGCGGCGGUGAAAGCGAUCGCCUGGUCGCCGCACCAUCACGGUCUGCUAGCGAGCGGUGGCGGUACGGCCGACCGGUGCAUACGCUUCUGGAACACGCUCACCGGCCAGCCGAUGCAGUGCGUCGACACCGGUUCGCAGGUGUGCAAUCUGGCCUGGUCCAAGCACUCGUCGGAGCUCGUGUCCACGCACGGCUACUCCCAGAACCAGAUACUCGUGUGGAAGUACCCGUCGCUGACGCAGGUGGCCAAGCUGACGGGCCACUCGUACCGCGUCCUCUACCUCGCCCUCAGCCCCGACGGUGAAGCGAUCGUGACGGGGGCGGGCGACGAAACGCUGCGCUUCUGGAACGUCUUCAGCAAGGCACGGUCGCAGAAGGAAAACAAGAGCGUGCUAAAUCUGUUCACCAACAUUCGGUAAAACCGUCGCGACCUGGAGCUCGCGCAAAGCCCGCUGCAAAAAGAAAAACGGACGGGGACGGGGAUAUCUGUACAUAGUGUCUAGCAUCGAAGCGUAUAGCGAUUUUAAGCGAAUGCGUGUGGGUGUGUGGUUUUUCCUUUUUGCUAUAGGAAUAUUUUAUAUUCUAUAUAUAUAUAUUUUCUUUCCUAUUUUUUUGCACUACUACCCACAAAUCUUUCGUAGUUUUUCUUGUUUUAAACUAGUUUUCUUCCGCUUUUUUCCAAUGCAAUCGGAAAAUUGGGAGAAUCACAGCAUUAUGCAGUAGCAACGAAACUCGCACGUCUAAUAGCGAAACAAAACAUAAUAGCGUCUUCUUUUUUGUUUUGUUACGCUUUUCUUUUUUUAAUUAUUGUAAAAUACUUUUGUUAUACUUCCUUUGCUUUCUUAGUGAGUAAUGCAAUGAAAUCGCCACAAUCCCUUUCUGUUCGUUCGGAGAAGCAUAAAGCACACCUCGAUACCCAAAACGGCGAGGAGUUGCUGGGUGUUCGAUGAAAAGGGGGGUUUAUGUAGUUUAUGAUAUGCAUCAUUUCUUUAAUGCAGCACAGUCGCAUCGACUUUGUUUGUUUUUUUUUUCUUUUUUUUUUUUUGGGAUUGAAUAGUGUUUAAGAAGUUUUUCCAGCGCAUUGAGUGUUUUGUCUUUGCGCGUUUUUUUUUUGCAGUGUAAUUUAGGUAGCUUUAGUUUAGAAUUAGGUUUAGAUAGGCCCUACACUUUUUUGUCUGUUUAAGUCAAAAUUUCUGUCUCACGUUAUGGUACAGUAUGCGUGCU